CGAGCCGGUUCCCCUCUCCGCCCGGCGGGGGGGGCGGGCGGCCGUUCAACGCCCCGCGCCCGCCCUGCGUGCCGGGCCCUGGGCCUCGCCCUGGUGACAUUGACCUGCCCCCGGCUCCCUCCCUGUCUCGGCCUGAGCGGCUCCUCGCGGGCUGGGCCUCCCCGGCUGCCUCCCCAUCGCGCCGCUGGGCCGCUCGGGGGUGCGGUCUGCGCCCCCACACCGCUGCGGCCGGGAGAAGCCCCGAGGGCGGGCACCUUCCCCCCUGGAGCUGGGGCUGAUUUGUGGGGCCUCUGAAAUGUGGAGUUGACCCCAGUUCAGUUUUGUCCCCCUCCUCUUCCCUCCCAAUAGCUCUAGCUGUGUCAUGGCAGCCAGACUGGUGCAACGCUGUUGUCGUCGGCUCUUUUGUGGCUCCAUCUUCGCACCCCUGGCGACCCCAACUUCUCUGUUAGCACCAGCAUCCAAGACAGUGGUAGCAAGAGCUCUACCUCAGGCAGCUCUUGCUUCAUUACACACUUCAAGCCUCUCCAGGCAAACAGACAAACUCUCAGUCAAGGAGCAAGUGUACAGCCGACAUCCAGAGCAUAGAGAGAUUGAUGAACUCAUUGACUCAGCUUCUAGCCCUGAAGAUCUCUUGAACGUGGGUGAACAUCACUCUCUAAAUGGGAACCAGGCCUCCGCAGUAGUCAUCCAACUCUCCCGACUCGUGGUGGACAAGAAACUAGAAACAGAGAGCAUCUUGCAGGACAGUCGCUUCCAGCAAGUGCUCAACAUUCUAAAUAGCCAGCUUUCCCAGGUCUGGAAUAGCUCUUUGUUGCCCCUCUUGAAGAGCCUCUACCAUCUGGGGCUGGAGAGGAAUAAAAGGGAGCUGAGAUCGGUGAAGCAGGAGGUACGCUGGCGGUUAAGACGCUUGAACUUCAGGCAGAUUGCUUCCCUGGCAGAGUACAUAGCAGCCAGCGAGCACACGGAGGAUCAGAGUGAGCUGCUGAGCGACGUGGUGAAGCACCUGGAGCUGCGCUGGACGGAGAUUGGGGACACCAGAGCUGUGGUGGCACUGAUGAUGAAGGUCGGGCACCUCUCGCAGACCCUGAUGGACCGGCUGGAGGACAAGGCUUUGGAAUUAGCCGAGCAAUUCACUGCUGAGGACAUUCGGAAAGUGGCGUUGGUUUUAGCUCUCCAGAACCGGCGCUCUGUCCCCCUGCUCCGGGCCAUUUCCUACCAUCUGGUUCAGAAGCACUUUACCCUCAGCACUAGUGUUCUUGUGGACUUGGCCUUUGCAUAUGGAAAGCUGAAUUUCCACCAGACCCAGGUCUUCCAGAAGAUGGCAUCAGACCUGCACGCCCGCGUGCCCGAGAUGGCUCAUGGUGACGUGGGGCGCUGCAUCAAGUCCUUUGCUUACCUCAAGUGGCUCAACCUGCCCCUCUUUGAGGCCUUCGCUCAGUACACCUUGGACAAUGCUGACAGAUUCACCAUGCUGCAGCUGUGGAACGUCAUCCUGUCUUUCGCCCGCCUGAACUUCCAGCCCAGCAGAAGCGAGAACUACUUUAACAUGGUCCAUGAGAAGCUUGGUGACCAGCUGGACAGUCUGGACCCGCACCUGCUGACAGAUCUGGUGUGGUCACUGUGCGUGCUGCAACAGGCAAAGACUCCCUACCUGCAAAGGGUGCUGGCCCCACAGUUGUAUAGCCAGCUUCUGGCCGACCAGACGCCCAGAGGACAGAACUACAGGCUCAAACUGAUGCAUAUCAAUGCUGCUGCCAGGCUGGAGUGCCCGGGCUACCAGGGGCCCUUCCUUCCGCCAGAGGCCCUGAGUGCCACGGAGCCAACCAGGGACACGAAGGCCUCUCCGCUACAGAGCAGCCUGCAGGAGGUGCUGAACAGGGUGGCCAAAGACGAGGUUAACAGGCGGUUCAACGUGCACACCAUUUAUGGCUGGCAGCUUGAUGCAGAGAUGAUGCUGAACAGCGACAACCAACCUCUCCCCAUAAAGGACUUUGCUGCCCCCUACCUGCUCCAGUCAGAAGGGACAAAACCCCCACCCUGCGGCACCAGGAGGAUCGCUUUCCUGAGGUGGGAGUUCCCAAACUUCAGCAGCAGAAGCAAGGACCUGCUGGGCCGCUUCGCCAUGGCCCGACGACACUUGCAAGCCGCUGGGUUCUUGAUCGUGGAUGUUCCCUACUAUGAGUUUCUGGAGCUGAAAUCGGAGUGGCAGAAGGAAGCCUACCUCAAGGACAAAAUGAACAAAGCCGUGGGGGUAGAGAUGGCUAAAUGAACCCCGAACCUGACGACGGACGGACUCUAGUCUUUGCAUCCAGCGUGAGACAGAGAGAGGAUUGCCUCAAUCGACUGGAGUGCAGCUGCUGUGAACGGGCCUUGUGCUCCCCAGGAGUGGGGAGGAGGAAGGCAGAGGUGUGGGUAGCGUUGUGUAUAUAAAUAUGUAUUGGAAUAAAUUCUCUCUUGUACAGGCCAACUUGCAUGGGGCACCGCUGCCCCACUGCACAUUCAACCAGUGAGGGGGGCCCGUGUAACAGCCUGCAUGCCCGGCUAGCCCUCGGGUUGCUCCCCGUGCAUGCAGUGUGCUCACCAAGGCUGGUGUGGGUGCUCGUCCCUGGCAGGAGGAGGUGAACGGGGCUGGUAUCAGCAGAGGCCAGGGGGAGGGGCAUGUGGACAUUGAAGAGCUCCUCUCUUUACCUUCUGCCUGGAAGCUUGUUUGUUUAUUCCUGUUCGGCUGGCUGGAGGAGGCUGCCCGGAACUAUCCGCCCUCUCCGCGCUGUCUGGCGACGGUGCAGAAUGGAAGCAGAAGCUGCUUGUGGCCUGAGAGCAGUUCCACGGGUAGCUUCCUUCUACAGCUGGGCUUUCUCCCUUGCUUCUCUCCAGUGUGGGAGGGUUUGGGGGAAGAGGAGGGAACAUGAGGUCCUACGCAGGCUCUCAGAAGAAGUGAAUUUAUCUCCUGGGCUGCUGUUAGUGGCUUAUCCCAGACACUGAGUAUAUUACAAGGAGACCUAGAAGCCCCUGGCUGGAUUGGCGCCCUACAGCUCUAUGGCACUUUUCAUGUUACAAUCUCACAGCUUUAUGUACAUUAACUGAGCCUCAUCUCUCUGAGGUAAACUGCAGAGCAGUGAAGUGACUUGCCAUGGGUCACAGCAAGUCAUGGGCAGGAGCUAGGAUUAAAACCCAGGAUUCCUAGCCCAUUAGCUGCUCUAGUUGCUAACCAGUGCUCUCCUCCUCCCGCUCACGAGCAGGGGAAGGCCCUGAAGAUCAUGAACUGAGCAGGGCGGGCUUCCAGGUGGUAUUUUCUCUCCUUGGAAUCUCUCUUCAGCCAAGACUGUGGUAUCAGGCUGACUUGGGUCAUCUUAACACAGCUGGGACAAGGUCUCUACCUACCACAGCAGCAGCAGCCAUGUGUUUGUGAGCAUUGCAGCGGGGAUAGAGCUAUCUACACUCGGCGUCCGCAUGGCCUAACCCAGUCCACCAAAGGGGAGAGAGGUGGUGUUCUCAUCAAUCUGAGGGUCAGUAGCUUUCACUGUGCCAGUGUGCCUCAGAAGAAUCAGUGCGCCUUUGAUAAUGCCUGCAGGAAUGUGUAUCGUGGGCUGGCAGAUCUCAUGCACUGAGCAGGGUCUGGGCUCGUUAUUAGUGGGAGAUCAGACCUCUAAGGAGGAUCCUUGCCUGUUUCCAGCAGUAGCCCGACACAUGUGGCAUUCAUCCCUCUGAGCUGCAUCCAGAGGCAGGUUCUAUCUUGUGGAUUAAGUGCAAAACCAAGCUCAGGUGGUCACUCAGAUCCCCUGGCCCUUUCCACCAGAUGAGAGCUGUGGCCCACAGUGACCUGGCCAAAUCCUGUGCUCCCAGGAGCCUUGGGGGAUAUGUGUAACAAUAAAUCUGAGCUGGAUCUGAAAAUGAA